GUUGUGGAAGUAUUUGAUUCAGCCUCGUCCAAAUGUUCGCACUUGCUAAAUGUUGCCUUGCUCUCUUCCUGCCUUGUAAAUGACAGAAGUUUGCACAUCGGGGUCUGUUCAAAUGUUAUCUGUGUUGCAGCCUGACUCUGGACGUGCCGGACAGCCUUUCAUUGUGUGAGAGCUCCAACAUCCAGAGCCGCCAAGAUAGCCGGGCCAGGAAAGAAACGACGAAACCCUGAGCCAGAUCCCAUCAGUGACGCAAGCAAAGCUCAUCUGUCGGCCAAGUGGCUGAAAAUGGCCAGCACGGCUGAGAACGGCAGGAGGAGGUUGGGACGGAACCGGGAGGAGGCCACCAACAAGAAAAAGCUGAAGGACAAAGUCAACCAAGAGAACAAGGAUGGGAAAACUGCUGAGAGUGAGCCAAAGAGAGAUCUGUUUGUCGACUGGAAACAGAAUGCUGAUGAGGUUAUUGUGAAGUUGAAGCCAGGAGAGGGGGGCCUAAAGGUUGAUGAGAUUGAUGCAGCUUUCACAGACUCUGACUGUGUAAUUACACUGCCAGAUGGACGCCAGUGGAGUUGUCAAUUCCAUGAAGAGAUUGAGAGCUCGUGCAGUAAGCUGCAGUACAAAGAGAAGGGAAACAUCCUCCAGCUUGUAAUGCCAAAGAAGAUUCCGCUGCACACGUGGUCAUCUCUCAUGAAGAAGAAAAAUAAAGGGCAGCCCAUAGUUAUUCCACCAAAAGAUGUUGGGAAGGAAAAGGUUUUGCCCAGCGAAAAUAUCGAAGUGGAAAAAUCAGGAAAAUUAUCUGACAUCGCAGAAAGGAAAGCGAAAGCAGAGCGCGGAAUUAAGCGCCCCAUCAAGGUGAAAGCUCCAGGAAAGACAGAGUCCCCGCCUGAACCUGGGAUGAAACGGACCAGUCAGUGCAAGACUCUGAAUAACACUCGAGAUAUCCAGGAGCCCAUUGUGUCACAACCUGUCUGUGUCAAGUCCAGCGAAGAAACUGAUCCCGCUUGUUUUCAAAAACCUGCAGAGGGUCCAAAAAGCCCGGAGGAUGAACUCAUUGUAAGUGAUUCUGAUGGAGGAUUAUUGGAUGCCACGGUUGAGGCUAAGGUGAAGAAGAACGGCCGUGGUCCCCAGGGAGAUUGGCACAUGGAAGACAAAAGUGAAAUGAAUGUGAGGCAAGCAUCGACUGAGAAAGCCGAGCUGGAAGUAACUGAGAAGGAGAAACUGCUUCCUGAGAACCAAGAUAUGAAUGCUGCACAGUCUUCAGAUGUCAAUGUUCCUAUGGAUCAGAUAGUGAGUGAGACUGAACCGAACGCUCCGGAAUCUAUUGGAGGCUGGCUUGAGGUUGCAGAUGUAACCGUGGAAGAAACUGUUACUCAAAGUUGUUUUGUAACUGAGAACUCUGACACAUCUGCCGGGAACCAAAUGGGGCCCACUAAACAACUGACUGGAGAGCAGCUCCCAUCAGGAAGCUCUGAUGAGGACACCACGGUGCCCUCUCCAGCAUCUGUGGAAGAGACCAGCCAGGUGAAGGAAAACCAUGCUGAGGAAAAGGUUGAAGUACCAGAUGGUUACAUGAAUCUGAAAUUAGUAAAGUAUGACUCGUAUGAGAAAGGCACAGAUACCAUGGUGGUACACGUGUAUGUGAAGGAGAUCUGCAAAUCCACAUCCAAGGUGCUGUUUCGGGAGCAAGACUUUACUCUCAUUUUCCAGACCAGCCACGAGCCCUUUCUGCGCAUGCACCCUGAUUGUGGACCAAACACCAUCUUCAAAUGGCAGGUUAAAGUCCGGAAUCUUAUUAACCCAGAACAAUGUCACUAUACCUUCACGGCCUUACGCAUUGACAUCUGUUUGAAGAAGAGACAGAAUCAACGAUGGGGAGGGCUGGAAGCCCUGGCAGCACAAGGUGCAGUGGGUGGUGCCAAAGUAGCUGUGCCCGCAGGCCCGCCAUCACUAGAUAAAUCCCAGCCUGGGAGCAGUCAACAUGCUCUUCCUCCCAAGGAAGAGCCACGCUCAAACGAGAAAGAGAAGGUGUGCUCUGAGGAGGUCAGCCUCGAGUCGGUGGCAAUCGGGCCCAUGCACGAGAACGUCCAGAUUAAGCAGGACCCGCUGGUCACCGCGCCCAAGCCUACCUGCAUGGUGCCUCCAAUGACACAUAGUGUUGCUGCUGCUGAUCAUACAGUGGAGGAGGAGGAAGAGGAAGAGAAGAAAGUCUGUCUGCCCGGCUUCACUGGAUUGGUCAACUUGGGCAACACUUGCUUCAUGAACAGUGUCAUCCAGUCGCUGUCCAACACGCGGGAGCUCCGAGACUACUUCCAUGAUCAAUCCUUUGAGUCAGAAAUAAAUUACAACAACCCUCUGGGGACAGGCGGGCGCCUGGCCAUUGGUUUUGCAGUGCUGCUGAGGGCUCUGUGGAAAGGAACGCACCAUGCCUACCAACCGUCUAAGUUAAAGGCUAUUGUGGCAAGCAAAGCCAGCCAGUUCACCGGCUACGCACAGCACGACGCGCAGGAGUUUAUGGCGUUUCUGCUUGAUGGCCUCCAUGAGGACCUAAAUAGGAUACAGAAUAAACCGUACACUGAGACCGUGGAUUCCGACGGGCGCCCCGACGAGGUAGUGGCAGAGGAGGCCUGGGAGCGUCACAAGAUGAGAAAUGAUUCCUUUAUCGUGGAUCUGUUCCAGGGCCAGUACAAGUCCAAGCUGGUGUGUCCCAUGUGUUUCAAGGUAUCGAUCACGUUUGAUCCUUUCCUCUACUUAUCGGUCCCAUUGCCACAGAAACAGAAGCUGCUGACUGUUUUCUUUUUUGCUAAAGAGCCUCACAUAAAACCAAUCAAGAUCUUGGUGAGUGUGAGCAAGGAGAAUGCCAGCGCCACUGACAUAUUUGAGGCCGUUUCCCGGAACAUGAAGGUAAAAGCAGGCAUACUUCGACUAGCUGAGGUUGUGAGAAACAGAUUCCAUCGGCUAUUUUUGGCGUCGCAGUCCCUGGAUACCGUUUCCCCUAGCGAUACACUCUUCUGCUUUGAGGUCCAUUCUCAAGACCUCACAAAAGAGAGAGUGGUCGAAUUGCAAGUACAACAGCGGUUGGUGAUCCCCAACAUCUCGAUCAAUAAGUGCGCUGCCUGCCAGAAGCCCCAGCAGCCCGACGAGAAGCUGCGACGUUGCACCAGUUGUUACCGAGUCGCCUACUGCAACCAGACCUGUCAAUUGAAUCAUUGGUCAGAUCACAAAAACCAAUGUAGAGCAGAAAACAUUGGCUUCCCCUUCAUUAUCAGUGUCCCAGAAUCACGGCUCACGUAUUCCAGACUCACCCAGCUGCUGGAGGGAUAUUCAAGGUAUUCAGUGAACGUCUUCCAGCCACCCUUCCAGCCAGGUCGAAUCUCCCCAGAGCCACCACCCUCCAAAAUGGACAGCACGCAGCCCUCUGCUGGAAGCAAUCCCAGCUCUGAGACUGGAGACGGAAAGCUGCCCUCAGAAGUUCAGGAGAGAGACUUCAGGCCUGUCCCCCGUCCUCACAUAACCAGCUCUGUUUCCGAGCCCCUCCUGACAUCCGCUUUCUCAAAGGGAACGAACUUGCCAGGCAGAGAGAGGGAGUCCAUUCACAGCUACGACUCUGGAUUCUCGGAAUUGCGGCCAGAAUCGCAGGAGCACUUGGGAUGCGAGAAAGAAACCUCUUAUGAGAAGGCGCCAAAGCCUGAAGCGGCAGUCCCUGGUUACCAGCAGCCACCUGCAUCUGUGCGUUUCCACACUCCCCAAUUUUACAUCAAACUCAUUGACCCAUCAAACAAAGAGCAGAAAAUGGAAGAUAAAGGUGAUGCUCCGUUGGAGCUUCCAGAUAAUGCCUCUUUAGCGAUGGUGUGGAAGAACAAUGAGCGACAGAAGGAGUAUGUGUUAGUGGAGUCGAAGGAGCUGGAGUAUGUUGAAGAUCCUAGUUCAGCCAACGAGGCAGCCAAAGCUGGCUAUUUCACACUGGAGCAAUGUCUGAACCUCUUCACUAAACCUGAGGUGCUGGCACCUGAGGAAGCUUGGUACUGCCCUAAAUGUAAACAGCACAGGGAGGCAUCCAAGCAGCUGAUGUUAUGGUGGCUCCCCAAUGUACUCAUCAUUCAACUGAAACGCUUUUCCUUUCGCAAUUUUAUCUGGAGAGAUAAGAUCAAUGAUAUGGUUGAGUUUCCCAUCAGGAAUUUGGACCUGAGUAAGUUCUGCAUUGGUCAGAAGGAUGACCGACAGCCGCCUGUCUACGAUCUGUACGCAGUAAUCAAUCACUAUGGCGGGAUGAUCGGAGGUCACUACACUGCCUACGCUCGCCUGCCGAACGAUAAGAACAGUCAGCGGAGCGAUGUGGGUUGGCGUCUCUUUGACGACAGCACCGUUACAACGGUCGAUGAGAGCCAUGUGGUUGCACGGCACGCAUACGUGCUUUUUUACCGCCGCCGAAACUCUCCUGUGGUGAGACCGUCGCGGACAAGAGGUGCAGCACGUGGAGCGGAGUGCACGGCCGAAGCGGAUGGAGCGGCCUCGCAGGCUUCUAGUCAGGCAGCACGGGGGGCAGGUGUGGACCCCGAAGAUGCUCCCCAGCUGACGCCAGACUCGGUGUCUGGUCUGUUCUCGCGUCCCGCCACGGAGCACUGCGCCCCAGCCUAUGGAAACGUGGAGGAGGUAGACUGAAUGUCCCGCUCACGGGCACUCUGUAUAAACUGCAUGUCACAGCAAGAGACCUGGCACUUUGGACAAAAAAAUACAACCCCUCAAUUCAUAAAACUAAUUUAUUUCCCUCCAUCCCCUCCCCUCCUCACCUUCUUUACCCCCACCUUCCCUCCCCCUCCAUCCCAGCCUCCACUCCCACCCCUUUUUCUGGGCCUGACUCGGAGGCACUAGGUAUGAGACGGUUGGGAAGAAUUUGUGGUGGUGUCUUCGUAUCAUUGAUGCCAUUGUGGUGCGAGGAUGCUGCUGCAUUGUGUUUUUAGGGUGAUGCAAUGGAAUGUAUUUAGACAACGAUUCUGUCACCAACGUGCAUAUUAAUGGAGACAUUCUGCAGCCUGGUGUGCUGUUUGUUCUGCCAGCAGCAUCUAUCUGGGAUCACCUGUUUGCAUUCGUUGUUUCAGCUACUUUUUUAAAAAAUCUCUCUUUACAUCUGCUUUAUAUAAAAUAAACAAAAAAGGGUCUUUUUUGAUUUGUAUAAUGUUUCCUGAAUCAUUGGAGGAACGAAAAGCAAAAUAAAAUUGUUUUUGUUUGUAAGUUUGCAAGUUAAACGGGCCAACAUUGGGGGGCUGAGCCUUUUGCCAGUUCCCCACUGCUCAUUGGGAUGUGGCUCACAUUGGACGGAGCGGUUGGGGGCACCGCGAGAGCGAGAGGUAGAGAGAGAGAGCUGGGCUGAGAGGAGGUGUAACCCUGACGCAGAAGGCAAUGGGACAAGGAGGGGUUGUAUUAAUCAGACUGUCUGCUGGAUGAGUGUGGAUUGGAGUGAUUUCCUGACCUCUGCGUGCUCUUAUAACUGGUGUUAUCUUUGCAUGGAAGCUAUACUCCCACCACCCCCCUCCCUCACAUGGGGCCCCUGGGGAAUUGGUGUCCAAAACUGAUGAAAAUGGUCUCCACUCACCUAUCUAAUUUGGCAUCUGUCAGUGAUGUUGGGAUGUCUGUAUUUGUGUGUGCGUGCAUGAAUGUGUGUUCCUUUUGCAGUCGUGAUGUGUCGAUUUAUACAACUGGAAGGGAAACGGAAUGUCCUUGCAACAGGCUGGGGUCUAUCCCUACAACUUCUGCACAUCUUGCUGGGUGGGCAGUGGAGCUCAGAAAAUCAGACUAAUUGGAUCCUUUAGGCUUUCCUUGAAGUUUGUUUGCCCACACAAAAGUAGAAUGCAACUAUAAUGAGCAACAUUUGAAGGAUUUCUGCCUGGUCCUUUUACCUAGCUGCCUCUCAGUUGCUUCAGGUUAUCUGUACCUGAGUGAAAGCUGCCAUCGCAACAUGGUGUCGAGCCCUAUGUCGUGUCUUGAUGCAGUUGCAAGCUGCCUUCAGAAGGAAGACAGAGGGGAGUCUCAAUCACAGGUAGCUGCCCAAUUCCUGCGUUGCUGUAUCUCCAUUUGCACCUCCAGGCUUGGGUUGGCGGGGCGGGAGAAUUUGUGUUUCUGAAGUGGUUGCUGAAUCACAAGCUGAUUCUAUUUUGUUUUCCUUUCCGAUAUAAUUUUCCGAAGACCAUUUACCUUUUACUGAAUUGUUUUCCUAUUUUAUUAUCAAAAUGUAUUUGCUAUAAUUUACUAAAAACUAAACUCCAGCA